AUGUAUACCUCGACCAUCCUCGCUACCGCUCUUGCAGCUGCCGUCCAAGCUGCACCAGCUUUACUCCGCCGCGACAGCUGGGGAGGUGCACUUUCUCUUGGUCCUACCACCUCUCACAUUCUUCAUUCCACCACUACUCUCAUUCCGGGAACCGCACCUUCCACUCAAAAUGGUGAGCUUUUCCUCUGGCCGGGCAUGUCUAACGGUACUGGCGAUCUCAUUCAAACUACUCUCGAAUCCUGGCCUUCCAACGACUGGUGUGGUGCCACUGCGGGCCAAUGGUGUGUCCGCGCUUCUCUAUUCGGCUGGUUCGGACAACUCGAUGGUGUAGGAGCUGCAGUUUCUGGAACCGAUCAGGUUUUGAUUGAUUAUGGAUACAACGCUACCUCUGGUAACUGGACACAAGCUGUCACGAAUGGACAAACCGGCGCAGAACUAAGUUACUUCUCUUAUCCUUCGGGCCUUAUGACGGGAUGGGGAACCGGCACAGAGUGCAAUGACGAUUGUACGGGUACAGUGGCCAAGCAACAAUAUGUCAACACGACUAUCACGCUUGCAUCUGCGGAUCCAAACUUCGGAGCUACUUUGGGAGUUAGUCAGGGAACUACGUACACCGGUCUUACGAGCGAGCAGGGAGGUUUGAUCUGGAAGAUUGCUGAGAUCAAUGUUCCUUCUAUGUCUUAG